UAGUUUGUGCUGAACUAUUCCUCCAACCCCAUUGCUCUGCACCCGGACCAUAGCCUUCUCAUUCUUGUACUAAUAUAAAUUUCUUUUAAAUGCUGAAACCGAGCAUGUACCCAGCACUUACACUGUAUCACUUCCGCCUUUUUGUGUGGACAGCCUGGCCGGAGGGGCAUGUGAGCUGGGGAGAAGUCCGCUUGAAGGAGUUACUGAGACGGUGUGUUGAUCGGUCCUGUAGUUCCGGAUAGUGCAAAGAUCACAGAGACAGAAAGUGAAAGCCAGCGUUUUUCGCUCUUCGGGCACCAUUUUAGUUGGUCACAGUGAACUCCGUGAGUCCUUGGACAUGGAAGAUCAUCUGUCUUGUGCUGUAUGUCAUGAUCUGUUUCAAGAUCCUGUCUUAAUCGACUGUGAUCACAGCUUCUGCCGAUCCUGUAUUACUCAGUACUGGAAGAGACCCGGCACAGCGGCCUGUCCCAUAUGUAGAAGAGAGACUUCCUCCAAAACCCUGAGGCCAAACCGCACCCUCGCCGGCAUCGUUGAGUCGUUCGCAAACCGGGAGACAACGCAGCAGGAAUGCAGCCGCCACAAGGAGAAGCUGACGCUGUUUUGCCAGACCGACAAGCAGCCCCUCUGUGUGCUCUGUCAGCAUUCAAAGAAUCAUCGUGGCCACGAGCUGUUGCUGCUGGAAGAGGCCGUGCAGGAGCUCAAGGAAGAACUGAAAACGUCACUGAAGCCAGUCCUGGACAGGAAGGAGGAAUGUGCUGCUGUGAAAAGUGAUUAUGAGGAAACAUUAAAGCAUAUUCAGGUACAUAAUAAUGUCACAUCAUUCCAUAAGCCAUUGUUACCUGGGUUUCAGCACCUGAGUUACAGGGAAAGGUUGAACAAGUUAGGUCUUUAUUUUUUGGAGCAUAGAAGGUUGAGGGGGGACCAGGGAGAAAUGGCAGAGAAACAGAUUAAAGCCCAGUUUGAAACAAUGCACCAGUUUCUCCGUGACCAAGAAAGGAUCGCGCUGGAAGAUCUCAAACUGGAGAGAGAGAGAAACUGCCUGGAAAUAAAGGGGAAGAUCGAGGAUGCCACAGAAGUCAUCUCAUCACUUUCAGACACCAUUCAGGACAUUGAAGAAGGGCUGAAGGAAGAGGACAGCAUCAAAUUUUUAACAAAAUUUCCAGAAACCCAGAAAAGAGCAAAGCGAACUGUGCCAGAGCUGCAGAAGGUUUAUCCUUUAAUAAAUGUGGGGAAGCAUGUUGGCUCACUGCAGUACAGAGUGUGGAAGAAGAUGCUGACAGUCAUCAAUGCAGCUCCGGUCAUCCUUGACCCCAACACAGCCAGUCCUCAUCUUCUGCUGUCUGAUGAUCUGAGAACCGUGAGAUACACCGGGAAACGGAUGCAGCUUCCCGAUAACCCACAGAGGUUUGAUUUCUGUCCGUGUGUCCUGGGAUCAGAAGGAUUCACAUCAGGAAGACAUUCCUGGGAGGUGGACGUGGGGAAUAAGACUAAAUGGGACAUUGGCAUAGCCAAGGAAUCCAUCAACGGGAAGGGGAAUAUCACUCUGAAUCUGGAUAAUGGAUAUUGGGCAGUGACACUGAGAAAUGGGACAGCUUACUCGGCCUGUGCUACCCCACCGGAAAACCUAAAGCUGAGUGUUCCUCCGAGAAAGAUCCGGAUCUCCCUGGAUUAUGAAGGAGGAAAAGUGUCCUUUCAUGAUGUGGGUAACCUGACCCACAUCUACACUUUCAAUGGCACCUUUACUGGGAAACUAUACCCUUACUUCUCUACUUGUCUUAAUCGUGACGGCAAGAAUUCUGACCCACUGAUAAUCUGUCACCGCAGAGUAACAAUCCAGGAGGAUGAAGAUCCAAUCUGGGAAUAAAACAGUAGGCGGGAUCAGGUGCAACUUUCCCAGAACUUGUAUCAAUAGGGAGCCCUCACAGGAAGCCCACAGGGAAUCAGAAAUCUGCAAUGAGUAGCUGAUCAUCUGCCCCAGGACUCAGCGGGACAGUGUGGGGCCCUGGCAGUGGUGCAGGCUCUGGGAAACCUCACUGACAUCAACAGGGAGAGUCUGGAAAACCAGGAGCAGAAAUCCCAGUUGUAUUCCAUAGUCUGCGCCUUCCUUCAUUUUAU